GAUGUUUAGCUAAGAUACCGAUAGAUCGAUAUAAUCAAGCGGUACCAUCUUCAUUUGAAAGCGACGGAAGAGACAAGCUCUGCCCAUAAAUUGUUAAUAAAGAGGAAAUAUUACAGAAACGAAAAUGAGCACCCAGGUAAACGAAGCAUCUUCCCCCGGUACCACGAAGGGUACCAAUGCCGACGACAUCGAUGUGGUCGAUCGCGUGGGGCUGGACAUGGGUCGCCUCUGCAUGAACGACCUCUAUUCGGACGUGGAGUUCUUGGUAGAGGAACAGCGGCUACCGGCCCACCGAAACAUUCUAGCGGUCCGCAGUGAAUACUUUCGCGCCAUGCUGUACGGUGACAUGGCUGAAUCGAAGCAGCGGGAAAUUCGCCUGGAUGUGCCGGUGGACUCGUUUAAAAUAAUUCUGGGCUAUAUUUACACUGGCGCGCUGCCUCUGUCCACACUGUGCGUGGAUAAAAUUCUAGAUCUGCUAAGUUGCGUCCACUUUUUCGGAUUGCAGAACGUCGAGGCGGCCAUAGAGAAAAAUCUGCAGCAGAAUGCUUCCUUCAGCAACAUCUGCAAGAUCCUGAAUGCAGCGCACCUAAACAGUAUGAACGACCUGCGCAAAGAAUGCCUAAAAUUUAUGGACUUCAACGCAUCAGAAGUGCUCAACCAUGCUUCUUUUGAAAUUCUGUCUAAGGAAUUACUUGAGGAAGUUGUGCGACGGGACACCUUCGUUGCCCCCGAAGUUGAAAUCUUUCGGACUGUAUGCAAAUGGAAUCAGCUCAAUCCCAGCGCGGACAUCAAGACCGUGAUCUCGCACAUACGUCUACCGCUUAUGACUGUUUCUGAGCUUCUGCAUGUGGUGCGUCCCACUGGCAUUUUCGAGCUGGACCAAAUAUUGGACGCCAUUGAUCAAGUGCAUACCAGAAAGAAUCCGCACUACCGUUGCGUCAAGUUACCUGGGGAGAAAUUGCCAUUAAAAAGUUUACAAAAUAUGUUUAUGAACACGUGACAAAGAUGCCCAAGUUUUCCCUUAUCAACUGUA